AUGUUUAGCUGCGUUCCCUUGUUUAACAAGCAUGUUGAAUCGCUCGACAAGCGACAGUGCAAUCUGAAUCACAUUCCCGAGGAGAUCCUUCGUCAUGCGAGGAGCCUCGAAGAGUUGCUGCUCGAUUCUAACCAUAUCAAGGAGAUUUCGAAGCAUGUGUUCCGCAUGCAGAAGCUGCGGCGUCUCGCCUUAAGUGAUAACGAGAUUUUCAAGGUUCCGUCAGAGAUCUCCAGUCUGCAAAGUCUGGUCGAGCUGGAUUUAAGCAAGAAUGGUAAGUGUCGCUUGGUGCGGCUUUUCGGCUAUUUUGCCAGCUCUUGUGAAACAGUCGUUGCUGAGCGAGUUGGUGUUUUGGGCAUCUUAAGUUUGCACAUAGCUGAUGGUUUGCCCGACAAUUCCCGGCGUUUUCGAUCUUGA